AUGCAUGAAGCAACGGUUAUAAAGAAAGUACUGGACAUAUAUAGUUGGGCUAUUGGACAGGAAAUUAAUUGGGAUAAAUUGGAAAUCUUUUUCUUCCACACUGAAGUUGGGUCACAAAGAGCAAUCACCAGACUGUUUGGGAUUAAGAUUGGUCAACUUCUUGGGAAAUUCCUUGGUAUGCCGCUCUUUACUGGAGCUGGCAAGGCAGAAAUUUGGAAAGGAUUUCUAGAUGGGUGCAAAGCAAAGAUGGAGGGUUGGAAGAGCAAGUGGCUCUCUUUGGCUGGUCAUCUUCUGAUGCUGAAGACUAUUGUACCGGCUAUGCCUAUUUUCCCUAUGGCCUGUUUUAAACUCCUUGGUUUGGUCAUUAAGAUUAUGCAACAGAAGAUGAGGAAGUUUUUAUGGAAUGAAAAUCGGGAGUAG